AUGUCACAUAGUGUCACACAACAGGUUGUUUUUCAUGCCCUCAUACUCCAAGUCGACACCGCCUCAUCUCACAUCAUAUCUAUGCGAGACAAGCUUCGUGAUAAGAAGGCUCGUGUAGCUACCCCCAUUGAUGAGCAAGAACUCGACUACAUCGACCUUGAUCAGGACAUUCUGUUUGACAAUGACGCACCUCUUGCAGGGCCUUCAGGUCAGGCACUUACAUUUGACGAUGACGCACCUGUUGCAGGCCAGGCACUUCUGCCCACCCCAUCCCCACCCGUUGUUUCAAAACGUUUGGGGUGUGCUAUCCGUAUGCCUCGACGAUUUGUUGACUACCUUCCUGGCUCAGAUAUACCCCUGGCACACAUGCCACGGCAGCAAGCUGAGAAUCACCCGUCUCCUCCCCGACCUCUAUCACAGCCUUCUGACAAAGGUUUGCCAUCUAUCAACCAACCAUUGGCUGAGUCAUUCAAGACAGAGCCCGAUUCUAUGGGACUAUAUCGAAUCUACCCGACACGCCCCACAUUUAUUCCCCCCAAUGACUCAUCUCUCAUCAAUUGCACAGAUGCACCAACGCUAGAAGGAGAACGGGCGACAGAGUCAUCCAACACACAUGUGUCUAUUCACUCCUCCUGA